CUGGAGCUCCUGUCGAUGCUGACAUGAUGACAGUAUGCAGGCCGGCCGAGGGCAGCCACAGCCAGACUACAAACCUGAGCUCCAGACUGGCUGACAAGGCCGAAGGUCCAAGGGCUGCAGAAGGCCCUCGCAGGCAGCCAUUUCUGCGGUCCGCUCCUGGCCUAGAGACUGACCAAGAGUCACCCUUUGGAAGAAGCCCCUUGGGAAGCCUCAGAGACCUCAUGCUAGAGUCCAGAGUGGACAUGUUCAGCCCAGAACUGAUCAUCAGUGACCCAGCUGCCGGUCUUGGUGCCAAAGCAGCCGGCAGGGCCGGGAGGAAGCAGCUUGGUGGCACUCGGACCCCCUGCCCACCUGCCCGAGCUGGAGCGCGGCACAAGUCCCUCAGCAUAAGGGACAAGAUCUCAGAAUGGGAAGGGAAGAAGGUGUUGCCCAGGCCGGCAGCUGUCAGGGGAGCCGAGGGCCAGGAGGAGUCCCUGCCAUCCUGUGUGCCGGAGAGGAGGAGAAGUCGCGACGGGGGGAUGCAAACUCGGGUCACCGAGGCUAAGGACGGAACGCAGGUGGAAGCAGAGAGCUCAGAGAGGGAGAGCAAGGUAGGGGAAGCGAACUUCGGGCCGCAGGACCCAGAGCGGAGGCUGGAGCCGCGCCCGACAGCCACAGCCAUGGAACCCGAACCUCGCGGGGGCAGAGGUCGAGAGCCCAGGCCCUGUCCACAGCGCCCUCAGGACAGCCUGUCCGUGCUGAGGCAGGUCAAGCGGCUGGAGCAGGCCUUGAAGGAUGGCUCGGCAGGGCUGGAUCCCCAACUGCCAGGGACGUGUUACUCCCCUCACUGCCUGCCUGACAAGGCAGAGGAGGGGCCCGCCCCCACUGAGACCCACAGAGGCAGGGGAGGCUCGGACGCCAGCUGGAGGCUCCACCACUUGGACCUGGAAGGCAGAGGGCCCAGCCUGGAGGCUGUGGGUGAAAGAAAAGGGUCGUGGGGCAGGCCCUGGGACCAGAGCCCCGAGAGCGCGUGCAGGGGCUCUGAAGGGUGCUCCCCAAAGCCCUUCAUCAACCCCCUGCCGAAACCCCGGAGAACGUUCAAACAUGCCGGAGAAGGUGACAAGGACGGGAACCCAGGAAUGGGCUCCCGGAAAGAGAAAAGAAACCUGCCUCCUCUCCCCUCUCUGCCUCCCCCCAGAAGCCCAGCGCUGACCACAGACCGUGGUUCAAGUCCUGGACCCGCUGGCUUAAACUCACGCCGGGCAUACACAUAGAGAGAGAGAGAGAGAGGAGAGAGAAGGAAAUCCUAUGAGUUUGAAGACUUGCUGCAGUCUUCCUCUGAGAAUAGCCGGGUGGACUGGUAUGCACAGACCAAGCUGGGGCUCACACGCACUUUAUCAGAGGAGAACAUCUAUGAAGACAUUCUAGAUCCACCAGCGAAGGAGAACCCCUACGAAGACAUCGAGCUGCAUGGCCGCUGCCUGGGGAAGAAGUGUGUCCUGACCUUUCCUGGGUCUCCCACCUUUCCCAUUCCUGACACACCCACCAAGCAAUCAUUAUCUAAACCUGCUUUUUUCCGGCAAAAUUCAGAGAGGAGGAACUUCAAACUGCUGGAUACCAGGAAGCCAAGUCGGGAUGGAACUGGGUCCCCUUCCAAAACCAGCCCCCCCUCCACUCCCAGCAGCCCUGAUGACACUUUCUUUAACCUUGGAGACCCACAGAACGGCAGGAAGAAGAGAAAGAUACCCAAGCUGGUCUUGCGAAUCAACGCCAUUUACGAGGCCCGGAGAGGGAAGAAACGGGUGAAGAGGCUGUCCCAGUCCACGGAGAGCAACUCAGGAAAAGUGACAGAUGAGAACAGUGAGUCUGACAGCGACACCGAGGAGAAGCUGAAAGCUCACAGCCAGCGCCUGGUCAAUGUGAAGUCCCGCCUGAAGCAGGCCCCUCGGUACCCGUCCCUGGACCGUGAACUUGCCGAGUACCAGCAGAGGCAGCUCUUCGAGUACUUCGUGGUCGUGUCUCUGCACAAGAAGCAGGCCGGGGCUGCCUACGUGCCGGAACUCACCCAGCAGUUCCCUCUGAAGCUGGAACGGUCUUUCAAGUUCUUGAGAGAGGCCGAGGACCAGCUGAAGGCUAUCCCCCAGUUCUGUUUCCCCGACGCCAAGGACUGGACUCCUGUGCAGCAGUUCGCCAGCGAAACCUUCUCAUUUGUCUUAACUGGAGAAGAUGGAAGUAGGAGGUUCGGUUAUUGCCGAAGACUGCUGCCUGGAGGCAAAGGGAAGCGCCUUCCGGAAGUUUACUGCAUUGUGAGCCGCCUGGGAUGUUUCAGCCUCUUCUCGAAGAUCUUGGAUGAGGUGGAAAAAAGACGCGGCAUCUCUCCUGCGCUGGUCCAGCCCCUCAUGAGGAGUGUCAUGGAAGCCCCUUUCCCAGCCCUGGGUAAAACCAUCGUGGUCAAGAACUUCUUGCCAGGCUCAGGAACCGAGGUGAUCGAGCUGUGCCGCCCGCUGGACUCCCGGCUCGAACACGUGGACUUUGAGUCUCUCUUCUCCUCCCUCAGCGUCCGCCACCUGGUCUGCGUUUUUGCCUCCCUGCUCCUGGAAAGGAGGGUCAUCUUCAUCGCAGACAAGCUCAGCACCCUGUCCAAGUGCUGCCACGCGACGGUGGCCCUCAUCUACCCCUUCACCUGGCAGCACACCUACAUCCCCGUGCUGCCGCCCGCCAUGGUGGACAUCGUGUGCUCGCCCACCCCCUUCCUCAUCGGGCUGCUGUCCAGCUCGCUGCCGCUGCUCAGGGAGCUGCCGUUGGAGGAGGUCCUUGUGGUCGACCUCGUCAACAGCCGGUUCCUCAGACAGAUGGAGGAUGAGGAUUCCAUCCUGCCCCGGAAGCUUCAGAUAGCCCUGGAACACAUCCUGGAACAGAGGAAUGACCUGGCUUGUGACCACGAUGAAGGCCCUCUGGACUGCAAGCACAGCCCUGAGUCCAGUCAGCUGAACGAUGUGGUGUCUGAGGCCUUCGUCCGCUUCUUUGUGGAGAUUGUGGGCCACUACUCCUUGUUCCUGACAUCAGGCGAACGCGAGGAGAGGACCCUGCAGCGAGAGGCCUUCCGCAAAGCUGUCUCCUCCAAGAGUCUCCGUCGCUUCCUGGAGGUCUUCAUGGAAACCCAGAUGUUCCGGGGCUUCAUCCAGGAGCGGGAGCUACGCCGGCAGGAUGCCAAGGGUCUGUUUGAGGUUCGCGCCCAAGAGUAUCUGGAAACACUCCCCAGUGGAGAGCAUAGCGGCGUUAACAGGUUCCUGAAGGGAUUAGGCAAUAAGAUGAAGUUUCUCCACAAGAAAUAACGCUUGGUCAGCCUCAAGAGAAAGCGUCCUCUGAGUGUGACCCCAUGUUUGAGAGACAGCUCCUGGGGCCUCUCUGCAGGCCAGGGCCUUUGCUGUCCCGGCUGCCAGCCCGGGCUGUCCCGAGGCCCAGGGCUCAGUGCUGCCCGAGGUGCAGCUUCUCCAGGACCUGCCUGGGAAGGGAGUGGGGACCUGGCCGGCCGCCCAUAUGCAGAUGGAUCAUUUUGGUGGUUGGUUUUCGGAUUUUGAGUUUUUUAAUUUUAAAUAUUAAAAAAAGGGAAAGUGCUUGAGUUUCUUUUUAUUACGGCAGAGCUAAGAAACCUGCCCUGCCCCACACCAUCUUCCCUGGCUCACCCUGUCCAGCUGUGGACCCUGGAGCCAAGAGGAGUGGAGGAAAUGGAGCCGCAACCAGAGACCAGGAUGACCGAGGGCUCCUCUGGGCAGGACCAGGGACACGCGUGGGAUCAGGGACGGGGAGGGCUGGGCGCCGGCACCGCCUGCUGACCUCGGUGCCCCCGGGUUCAGGCACAAAUCCUCUGUGAACUGAUGGGCCCUCCCUCCGGAAUGGGGGCCAGGCGGAACCCCACCUUUAGAGGGCUGUGACUGCCCCAUGAGCUGGUCAGUGACGCCACCCAGAGGCCAAGGCCGGGACUCCUAUCUCCAGUGGACCUGACUCCGUGACCGCCGCAGGACCGCCCGAGCAGUCGUGGUGCAGAGGCACCAAGACAACUGUCCCCUAAGCUCUCUGAACCACACGGUUUGGGGCUCCUAAAGUUUAUGAGGUGCCCAGGGCCCAGCCUGUGUCAUCCAGGCCCACCCUUUGACACCCAGGGCCCACCCUCUGACCCACCUUGCAAUACCCACGGCCCACCCACGGACACAGAAGGCCCUCCAUGGACCCCAUUCCCAUUUAGUCUGUAAGCAAUAGUCCCACCUCGUCCUGGAGUCCCAGGUCAGCACAAAUGAAAUCGCACGUGUGUGGGCUAAGUGUGAGGGACCUUUGAUGGUGGUGGUGAUGACACGAGGGAGGGCCGGAACCUUGGGGGCAGCGUCAUCGAACUUGUGCCUCCAGAGAGGCAGGUUGCGUCCUCCAGACCAGAAGCAGGAAGGAAACAAGCCGUCCUGCGGGAGGCUGAGAGCCCUGCACAGUACCAGAAGGCCUCGGCAGCUCCUGGCCACCUCAUGUGGAUCUGCUGCCUGCAGACCCCACUGUUGGGGCCCCUCAGUGUCACCAGUAAUCCUGCCUAGGGCAGAGAAGGAACAUGCUCUAAGCCCAAGCGGCUGUGCUGCCUGGCUGAGGUCCUUCAGCCAUAGGGAGCUGGGAGCAGGGGGGCUUGUGAGGAGAAGAGAAGAGAAGAAAACGAAGAGGAGGUUGGUCUCCCAUUCUGUACUAGGGCUCCCUUACUCAGCUGAUGUCAUGGAACACCCCCUCCACCCCCCCACACACACGUUGUAUCCAAGAUUUGACAUGUUUGUUUUCCGGGGAGAGGAUCCAGAGAGGAUCCAGUUUACACCAGAUUCUCAAUACUGUAGGGACCAUGCUAUGUAUAAAACUAACCUGAGCAGGUGUGUAUGGUUGGAGGUCUGGGGAAGCCUGGAUGGGAAUUGGAGAAUGGAGGCUCAGGAAUUUGUAUCUAACAAGCGCCUCAAAAUAGUUAACAUGAUUAAUAAGUCUGCGUAUUUUUAUGUUGCCCAGAAAUGAUCACUUAAUAUUUUGGAAUAUACUUUCUUAUCUAACUUAUUUUAUAUUGUUUACUUAAUACCUCCAAGUGAAUAAAUAUCCAUCUUUAUCAGCAUUUCUAACGUUUGCAAUAUUCUACUUAAUGAAUAUACUAAAAGUUAGUUCGCCAAUCUGCUACUCUUUUCUUUUUUUUUAAUGCCAGAGGGUGUGUGUGUUCACCAGAGAGAAGGCGAGCACCCCUACUAGGACGCGGUCCUGCCACAGCCCUUUUCCUCCA